GUUACUGGAUAUUAUGUAAUAAAAGUAAAUGUUUGUCACUGACUGUAAACCUCCCUGCCCUGCACCUGCAUCUCGACGAAAUGGGAGUUGAAGAUUUCUGCACGAGUUUCCAAGUUAGAUGUCCAAUAUAGUGUCAUUCCUUUGCACUUUCCCCAGUUGAAAGGUGGAAAUUCAGGCUCUCCGAGUUGAAUGGAACACUUCAUGAAUCGCAGCAACAACAAUACAGAGCAUCGCGGCUUUCCUCACAAGAGCGAACAUUUGGACACACACACACAUACCAGAUCUGCAGAUGGGUCAGGCUCUGUGGAGGGUGGUUAGGAACCAGCAGCUGCAGCAGCAGUACAGUGAACAGUGCUACCUCCAGCAGGAGAGAGAGCAGGGCAGAAGGAUGGGGCCCCCACUGGCUGAGCCUCCGCAGCAGCGCCGCACACCACAGUGCCAGGUCCCUGGUACUGACAUUAACCACCUGCUCCGUGUCCGCAAGGGCAAAGAUGAGCAGGGCUUCAUUGACCUUGAGAUGCUGCCACCUGAACUCAGCAUCACCAUCCUCUCUUACCUGAAUGCUACCGACCUGUGCCUGGCCUCCUGUGUGUGGCAGGACCUGGGCAAUGAUGAAUACCUGUGGCAAGGCCUGUGCAAGUCCACUUGGGGUCACUGUUCCAUAUACAAUCGAAGGCUUCCAUCUGGAUUUUCUUAUAGAAAGCUUUACAUGGAGUUAGAUGAAGGAAGUCUAACCUUCAAUGCCAACCCGCAAGAGGGUAUCAGUUACUUCAUGUCCAGAGGCAUUCUGUUGGACCACCCGAAGGAAAUUGCCAAGUUUAUAUUCUAUACCAGAAUGUUGAAUUGGAAGAUGCUUCGGAUUUAUCUUGAUGAACGGCGAGAUGUCCUGGAUGAGCUAGUCACACUUCAUAAUUUUAGCAACCAGUUCCUCCCUAAUGCACUCAGGGACUUCUUCAGACACAUUCAUGCCCCAGAGGAGAGGGGCGAGUACCUGGAGACCCUCAUCACCAAGUUCUCCCAUCGCUUUUGUGCUUGCAAUCCCACUCUGGUGCAGGAUGUGGGCCUAAGUCCUGAUGGAGUGUACGUGCUGUGCUACUCUCUCAUCCUUCUUUCCAUCGACCUCACCAGCCCCCAUGUGAAGAACAAGAUGUCCAAGAGGGAGUUUAUCCGAAACACACGGCGGGCUGCUCAGAACAUCAGCGAGGACUUUGUAGGCCACCUCUAUGACAACAUCUAUCUGAUCGGCCACGUGGCGGCCUAGCCACUACAGCGCAUGGUGCAUUAGAAAACGGCGUCUGGCACAUAAAACACUGGCGACUGCGUUGGAAGGAUUCUGCACUAGGAAGAAAACACUGUCAGAACACUGCAGGUCAUUUUAAACUGAAGUUAUAUGAGUUAAGCUCUUAAUAUGAUGCGCUGCAGUGCAUUACAAAGGAGUGGAGAACACGAACAGCCACGAUGUGAAGAAUCAACAAAACAAGUCAGCUGUUAGCAGGCUAACAUUCUAGCUGUGGUAAUGACAAACUUAACCUACCACAAAUCGCUUAACCAUGCAGAACCAUGUAGCUACAUAAAGGGAUAUGUGAUAAGCUAUGAAGUCAGUUAAAGAUGAAUGUAGAUUUAUGGGGCUUGCGUAAAAUUAACAAGACAUCUAUUUUCUUCCCCAUUCUAAUUUUGAAACCUCUCGUGAUUAUCCUAUGAAUGACAGAUUUGUUUUUUUGUUUUUUUUUUGCAAUAUCUAGAGUAGCAUUCCAAAAAGAUUAUUCUCAAAUUCACAAACUCCACUAAUCUCCUUACUGUCAAUCAUAUCAAUUAAUUAUUCUCACAACAGCCAUAAAACAGGCUAUAAAUAUAUCUUGAAAUAAAUUAUAGUGUGUGUGUGUGUAUAUAUAUAUAUAUAUAUAUAUAUAUAUAUAUAUAUAUAUAUAUAUAUAUAUAUAUAUAUAUAUAUAUAUAAUAUUAUUAUUAUUCCAGUGCACUACAAUGGUUUUCCACCUAGACCAUAUUUUAAUACUCUAAGAAAUUUAGGCAAGUCUACAGCCGCUGUAAUAUGAAAGGAUUGACAGACUAAAACAGAUAAUGAACAAAGGGUUUGUGUGUGUGUAUGUGGUUUCUAGUUUUACAAGGAUAUAUGUUUGUGCAUUGUCACAUGUGUCUCAUGUUCCUUGAGAGGAGUAAAACCCUGUGAGACUUUGUUAGCACUGAACUUUUAUUGUUUAUCAUCUGUUGUUAGUUUGGUUACUUUUUGUUGGUCAUCUUCUUUUCUACAGUUUUCUGAUUUUCUAUAUAUAUAUAUAUAUAUAUAUAUAUAUGUAUAUAUACACACACACACUUCCGGUCAAAAGUUUUGAAACACUUACUCAUUCUUCAUUAUAAUUAUUUUUUUUUUUUUUUCACAUUUUAGAAUAAUAGUGAAGUCAUCAAAACUAUGGAAUAAAUGGAACUAUGGGAACUAUGUUGUGACUAAACAAAAUCCAAAAUAAAUCAAAACUGUGUUAUAUUUUAGCAUCUUCAAAGUGGCCACACUUUGCCUAGAAUUUGCAGACAUGUACUCUUGACAUUUUCUCAAACAACUUCUUGAGGUAUCACCCUGGGAUGUUUUUAAACAGUAUUGAAGGAGUACCCAUCUAUGUUGGGCACUUAUUGGCUGCUUUUCUUUAUUAUUUGGUCCAAGUUAUCAAUUUCAAAAACUUCUUUUUUUUUUUUUUAUUAUUACAUUUUAGUUUUAUAAUGAAAUAAAUUAAUAUAGUGGCACAAAUAUAUUUUUGUCUACAAAAUUAAUUUCAAACAUUUAAGCAUACGCCUUCAGAUCAAAAGAUUUUUAAGAUUAUGAGAAACAUUUCAGUCAAGUGUUUCAAAACUUUUGACCUGUAGUGUGUGUGUGUGUGUGUAGUGUGUGAGUGUGUAAGAGUGUGUGUGUGUGUGAGUGUGUGUGUGUAUAUAUAUAAACCGCUGUCAUUGUCCAUGCAAACACUUUGAAAAUAACUUUUGAAGACACUUUAAGAUCAACUUCUAUCAAGUCAUGUCGUUUUUACUGAACAUCUGAGUGCUUUAAUCUAGAAAACCUAUGCCUUUACCUUUUUCUCAAAUAGUACUUUGGAAAUUACUUGAGAAAAUACUCCCAACUCAUGAAUGUUGAGUCAUCAUUCGUUCAAUUCGGAUGGUGCAAUACAUUUGUGCGUGACAACAGAUAUAUAUAUUAAUAUUAUUAUUAUUCAAUUUUAUUUUAUUUAGACUUUCUUUUUCAAAAUUGGGUGCCAAUAGUGAGGAUUGUGUACUAAACUAACAUAUACACAAUAAUUAUUCACAAGCUCUGCAUAGUUUAAUUUAAUGUUGAAUAUUUUAUUUGCAAAUAAUGUAUAUAUUUAAGUAUAUAAAUGUAUAAACAUUAUAUUUUAUUUUAGAGGAUUUUAACUAAGAGUUGUGAGUUUUCCCGCAGUUUAUAGAGAUACUUUUGCACUUUUUGGCAUAUUUACCAUGUCAGAAUGCUAAGAGCACUCAACCACUCAGCAAACUAUGUGACAUAAUUUAUUUGUGAAAUUUCAUGCCAAUAAAGGUUAACCUAUAUAAUAUGGA